UGUUUACAUGGGUAUUUUUAAGCGCAUACAUUAAUUUUAUUUUCAUAGAAUCUAUUAAAAUCUAAAGACAUUUUUUAACGUCAGGAAUCAAGCUUUGAAGACUAUACAUUUUUUAAUAUGUUUUUAAUGGAGUCAGUAGUCUAUAUAGAAUAAUUUUUUCAAAAAUAAACAUCUCAUCAAUGAUAUAUCAGUGCAUAUAAAAUAAUUUAAGGAAAUGAUAAACGUCAUUAUGAGUGAUACAAAUGAAAAUAUCUUCUAUAAAAUCAAUGUAUUCAUGGAAUUUGCUAAACUUCAAUCACUAUAUUUGCCAUUAUACCAACUUAAAUUUUCAGAAUGGAAACGCAUAACUUACUUAUUUCUGUUUUCCUUUCCAUUAAUCUUAGAAAUGUUCACAGUUAUUUGUUGUGUAAUUGAAUGCUACUAUUUUAUUAAUGACCCGAACGCUUAUAUUUUUGGCGUAAUUCUUAUAUUAGGCUUCUUUAUAACGGCAUUAAAAAUGUUGAGAUUAGUUCAAAAAUCAAAUGAGUUUUUAAAUUUAUUUGAUAUAAUAAAAGAUGAUUUUUUUAAGUAUAAAAAUGACACAAAAAAGUUUCAAUUAUUAAAAAAAAAUCUUAAUAUCUUUUCAAAUAGUUUUGCAUUAUUUUAUAUUAUUUUUAUAUUAUUUUGGGUCAUUAGUCCAUUUUUUUUAAAAGAAUUCACUGUAAAAAAUUCCGACGGAAAUAUAGUAAUUUACCGACGUUGCAUUAUUAAUAUAUUCAUUGGUGUAGUGUCUCGUGAGUUCUAUGAAAAGAUGUACAUGUUUAUAUAUGUUAUCGAGGCAACUGUUUUAAUUCACAUGACGGUUAUAGGAAUUGUCUAUGAAAUAAUAAUAAUAAAUUUUUGUUGCAUAAUAUUUGCUCGAUUGAAAGCUAUUACUAAAAUGUACGAAUCAUUUGGAUGGCAAUUAUCAAUAAAAAACAAAUGUCAGGUAAACUCACAAGAAUUAUUUAAAAUGAUAUUAGCAGAUCAUUUGAAAGUAAAUACUACUUUAAAGAAUUUUUUUGAAUUUAUAAAACCUAUUAUUAUCGUUCACUUAGGAUUAGUGUUUCAAAUAUUUGUGAUGUUGGUAAUGAAGUUGGUUCUGGAAUCUUAUUUUAAAGAUAACAAUUCAUCAGGAAAUUUGCCAAUAAUAUUAGUACUUUGUGGGGUUUUGGCCUUUGGGACGUGUUUCAAUUUAUUUUUGAAUACUUAUAUUUUUGAACUUGUGGAAUCCCAAGUAAAAAAUGCAAUGUGUUUCGCGAUAUAUAGUUGCAAUUGGACAGAUAAAAAUAUUCAAUUUAAAAAGUUAUUAUUAUUGUCAAUGAAAACGUGUACUGCUAACAAUUUAGUAAUGAGAAUAACUCCAACAAAAUACGUGAACUUGGCUUUGUUUGCUAGUAUGAUGAAUUUAUCAUACUCAAUCGUAUCUCUUUUGGUGAAGAUGCUAAAUUAGAAAUUAGAAAUAAUUUGAAACAUUUACUGAUUAAAAAUAAUGUAUAUCAUUAUAUAAUAACGCUGCUUAUUGAGUUAUAAUAUUUACUAGUUAUAUUAGACAAAACAAUAUAUGAGUAGAAAUUACUUGAAAUUACCAUUAAUAAUUUAUAAUUUUUAAGUACUCUUGUAGCUAAAAAUAAUUAAUUAAGUACAACCAUUGUAAUAGUAUAUUGUUAAAUUUCUUUCAAUUAAAUUUAGUAUUAAUUAAGCGAAU